CAGUGCAUGAAAUCUCUAAAGAUUUUAUCAGAAGUUACCAAAAAAACAGUCACAGAAAUCAUGGAGCCGCAUAAAGAGCUGUUGUCUGACAUGAUCCCUCCCAAGAAACAUCUGCUAAGAAAUAUUGCACUUGUUUCACAGAUUGGAAUCAUGGUAAGAUUAUCAUAGAAUUGGGCAAAUUGGCUCUUCACCAAAAGUUUUUAUUUUAUUCAUAUAGUAAAUUGUGCUGGGUGGUCGAGUCGUCUAGACUGAGUCAAUGCCAAGCUUGCGGUCUUGAGUUCAGUCCCCAACAAAGACCAAGUCAAGCAAAAACAUCACCAGUACAUCGGGUGGAUGGGACCUUCGAUGGCAAUCAUCUAAGAGAAGGAAACUCUGAAUCAAAACCCAGAGAAGGAGUCCCAUAGGUGGAUAAAUCAAUACAAUAAAUAAUUAUACAACUCUAGCGACGCUGCUGGUACCAAGCUGUAUCAACCACAUAUGAUGUUCCCUUGGGCUGUCUAGUUAUGUGGAGAGAGGUGAUUUGCUGUACAGGGAACCAGCUUAUAGUCCUAAAGUAAAAAAACCCAACCCUUGUGAUUUUGUCCUGCGAAGUCUACACCAUUGUCACAUGUCACAGACGGAAGCCAUUAAAUAAAAAGACUAAAUUGUCUUUGAUUAUAAUAUAAUAUAUUUAUAAUCUCUAGGAUGGCUACACCUUCUGUGUUACACUGGAACCCAGGCUUUUCAGCUUUGAUGCUAACCAAGUUGAGCAUAAUGUUUUCUUCAAUGAGGUAGGUUCAAUGUGAAAUGUAAUUCUCAAAAAAAAUUGUUUAAAUUAUCCUAUACAUUUUCUUUAGGAUUUUAUUCCUAACCUUAUGUAAUAUAAAAUUAACUCAUAUACAUUUAAUAUAAAACUAGCUCACAUACAUUUAAGAAUUUUUUGAACCUCCUAGGUGUUCAACAUGUGUGAUUUGGAAGAAGCCACUUUAAUGAAACAGCCUUGCUACAAGAAUAUAACAAACCUGGUUCCAUUAAAGAAGAGUGCCCUCAGUAAGUAACAACUACUAUAUUCCACUUGAGGUGGCAAUUAAGAAUUUGUUUUAUCAUUAACUGGUCUUGUGCCUAAUAACAAUGUAACUACUUGUUUUGAUGAGUUACUAAAUCAUCAUUGUAUUCAACAGAGGCUCUGGCAGCUUGCAACCUGGUACUUAACAAGAAAGAGAAGAUUUUCCAAACACUCUAUAAAGCAUUGAACAGCUCCAACUCUGAAAUACAAGAAACUGCACAUGAAUCGAUGAAAAUGGUAAAGACAAGAAAAUAUCAAUGGCUUAUGUUAAAUAUUUUAAUAAUUGAUUAUAAUUUAAUGUUGAAGUUACAAAGUGUGUAACAUUUGAAACAUAAUAUACUUUUACAAAAUAUUCAUAAUAUUAAAUUAGGGUUUUGUAUUUUAACUUUAUUUUAAAUCCAUAUCUAAUGCUUAAAUAUGCAAAUACAUUUUUUAGAAAUUGGAAGUCUGAAAACUCUUCAGAUUCUAAAAUAAUAUUUGAUGGAUUAAUUUUGUUCAAAUAAUCUUAUCAUUAUUGAAGAUGUUUAAUGAGAUUAAUAACAAAAUGGUCCACCAGAGGGAAGUUUUUAAAACAUGUAAAGGCCAUUUAAUUUUAAUUAAAUUGUAAUUUUUUUACAUGAAUUUCUCCUCAGUUUAUGCAAGGAUGUACAAUAGAUGUGGAUAUGGCAUAUGCUGCUAUGCGACCACUACUUUCAAUGCUGGGCGACUACCGUGGACUCAACCUCAGUAUAAUUAAACGACUGUCAUCAUUGGUGCAAUUGUUCCCUAACAGCUUUAACGAAAAACUUUGUGAAUCUAUGCAGGUAAAACUGAAAACAGAUAGUUAAUCGAAAAGAAAUUUAAAAAUAAGAUUAAGAACACAUCAGAUAUCUUGGAAGAAUGAAACUGGGUUGUAUUUUCAUAUGGCAGAUUGAAAGACAUUUUUUAAGCUGUCAUGUUUAAUUUUAUUCAUACUGUGAAUGGCUUCUGUUCCUAAUGAUAUAAAAAAGUAACCAUUAUUAAAUAUGCAACAAGUUACAAAUUGAUUUGAUGAAUAGGAUAUCUUUGAUGAUGUGAUAGAUCAACUGGUCUAUUUGCUAUUUAAACAGGGACAUCUCAAGAAAUGGAUUGAGACUGCACACACUAAUCAGAAAUCAGGACAACCAAGACCAGCUGGUCAGGUGCUUUCAACUGUAAGUAAACCAAACGAUCUUAAAUUUUUUUCCUUCCUUUUGUAAUCACCAGUGGCUAACUACCAAUCAAAUUUAGUAUAUAUAUCUAACUUAUUGUAAUCUUAGAUAUUUAGUGCUUGUUUGAUUCUCAACACUAUCUAUGCUUCAUAUUGCUGGUAUCAUGAAAUAAAUGGGCCUUCUCAUUACCUAUUGAUUAACCACUUAAAUAUCAUGAAAUCUUAUUUAUCAAAGAUUAUUAUUGCACACCCUUAUCAACUAACAAAUUAUAUAUCAACAUAAAUUUUUUUUUUUGUUUCUUUUCAGGAAGUGCAACUCUGUGCAGCAAUCAUCAACAUAUUCCAUUUGAUUCCAGCUGCAAGUAAGAACUUGAUAGAGCCCCUAACAACUUUAGUUUUACUUGGAGAAAGGGCACUUCUCAUGGAGGUAUGUAGAUUCUGUCUCUGAUCUCAAAUAAUUUAACAUGUAGCAAUUCCAGCACUUAUUGGAUAAAAAUUCAAAUCUGUAUGCUCCUGAAAUUUCUUUAUUUAAAACAUGAUCCUGACUUUCACUUUUAUAUCCAUUACAGGCCAGCAGUCCAUUCCGUGAACCUUUAAUGAAGUUCCAGCUCAAAUAUCCAACGCAAGUGGUGGAUUUGUUUCUCACUGAAAUUGCUCUCAGGGACCAGCAAUGGUGUCGCUAUUUUGAGGUGUUUGUUGCAUUUGACAAUCUGACAUGCCAUACGAAUUCCAUCCAACCCUACCUCCAAAUACAAAAAUAAAUUUUUAAGCCUUCUUAUGAAAUAUGGUUUAGGAAAUCAAACAUGACUAGUAAGAUGUUGAUGUCAAGCAAAUAUGAUACCAGUUAAUCCUAAUACAGAUAAGUUCCUGAUUUCUAAUCUUUUCUGAUUAUGCACUCAUUUUUUAAAAUUCUUUGCUUUUUGUAUUGAAUUUCAAUUCAAUAUUUCUUUCAGUAUCUCUUAAGACAUAAAGAUGGGGAGAAAUUCUGUGAAGCUUUGAGAGUCAAUCCGAUGCGUCUUGCCAAUAUGCUAUCUGGUCAGCUUCAGGUAAAUAUUUACAUUUCAAAACUUGUGUGUAUAAUCUUUCUUUUCUUUUUUUUUACAUUAUAAGAAUAAAUGUGCUUUGAGUUCCAUUAUGAGCACCCAUGAUGUUAUAAAUAUUUCCUCUUGCCACCUUAUGUUUUUUUUUUUCAUUUAAUAAACAUUUGUGUUUUAUCUUAGACCACACCUGCCAGUCCCAUUGCCAGUCCUGCCCCAGUCAAAAAUGAUCUCCAAUAUAGGGCAGUCCGACUUAUUGCUCUGUUAGUGAGGUAUGAUGAGAAGUGGCUGCCUCAGCAGACUCACAUGGUAAGGAAUUGUUUUAUAAUUAUUGGUUUAUUUAAUAUAUUUGCCACUCUUAACAUGUCAAAUUUAAUAUAACUUAUUUGAUCAUCAUCUUUUUGAUCCAGUGUCUGACCAUUGGAGCAUGUGCCCUACAGCUUGAGGCCAUGGUCAACAUUAUUUGCAGGUCUUCCUCAAGCUGUUUUUCUCCCUUGCUAUAGGGUGUUACCAUAGCAAUCAUGGUAGCUAAUGGGUAGUAAAUUGCUGGGCAGAGUAAAAGAUGGUGUGGUACUGUCUCUUUUGAAUGUUUGAAGAAAAAAAGCUGGGGGGGGGGGGGGGGGGCAAGAUGGUGUUGGGCGUGGUGGCUGAAGAUGCAGAAAAUAUUAUUUCAAUUUAUUUUCCUAUUUAUUAAUCAACCCUUGACUACUUUCUUGUCAAAAACUUUACAAAGCAAUUUUUCUGUUCGCUAAUUAUUGACUUUUGUUCUCUGAUAGAGACCAUUGCUGCUCUCCAUAUGGGUAUCUGACAGUUUUCUUGAAAGACACAAAGCUGUGGUAGGUUAUUUUGAAUUCAUUUUUUUUUUUAAAUUUCAGUUUGUUGACAAAGUAUUUGUGUGUGUGUUUUUUUUUGUUCCGUUAUUUCAUGUUAUUUUGACUGUUGACUGUUUUCAGGAUGAGUUGGACUAUGUCUAUUGGAAGGAGCCUGCGCUGAUCCUCAAGUGUCUUGUCAACUAUUUUAAGUAAGUUUCAGUGUACUUAAAUAUGUUCUAAGAGUUUGUUUUUUAAGCAACACAACUUGUCUGUCAUUAGAUGAAGAUUCUAAAUGAAGCAUUCAGGUUUUGAUAGUUAAUUUAACAAAGACAUACACCUGUUGAUAUUAAUAGAGAUAUAACAUAAACGGAAUGCCCUAAACAAAUAUUUUAUUGACAAUUUAAUAGGAAAAGUUAAUGUAGUGAUAGAAAUUGUUAGUGAAAUGUUACUUUAAAAAAAAUCGUUUUAAUGUAAUGAUACAUCAUCAAGAUACACCAUUUUAAAAAAAAAGAUCUAAAUGUUACUUAUCGUAUAGGUAUUUUCUUCAAAGACCAAUUAUUUGUUGCAAUCUUUGUGAAAAAGCUGUUUAUGACAUUUCAGACACCAUACUGAUGACUGUGAGCUACUCUUCCACAUUCUGCGUUGCUUUGUCAAUCGGUUCAUUCCACAGUUUCAGUUUGUCAAAGAUUUUUUAGAUGAAACUGUCUCCAAGGUUAUAAUUCUUUUAUAACUUAUGUUCAAACUAUUUCCUAAAAAUCUGUCUUAGAUUGUAAUGCAUGUUUGUAUAUAUGACAUAAAUUAGUUGUUUCAAAACUUAUUGUGACUACUUAAAAAUAAAUAUAUUUUCUUUUUCAAUCUAGACUUACUCAGCUGAAUGGAAGAGAAAAGCAUUCUUUAAGUUUGUUAAUAUCUUUCAUGAUCCUAGCUGGCCCCAGGAACUCAAAGCAAAGGUGAAAUUUUAUAUUGAUUUCGCAGUAAAUAACAAAUAUGUUACUUUUAGACAAACUUAUAAUUUCUCUUUCCUUGGUUAAUGCAUACUCUUGUAAUUUCUUUUCACAGAUUUUGCAGUACAUUUUGAUACCCUGUUUCUACCACUCCUUUGAGAAAGGAGAAGGUGACAAGCUCAUAGGUGGUCCACCUGCACCUGAUCAGGACAGUGAUGAUAAUGUCAUCAGUCUCUUUAUCAACCGUAUCAUAGAUCCUGAAAAUCCAUUUGGAACUUCUGAUGCUGUCAGGAUACUCCUGCUGCAGUUUUCAUCUCUGCUGGUGGAGCAGGCAUCCUCACAUAUUCAUGAUGCUGCCAACAAGUCAGUCACAAACCUAGUUGUUACAUUUUUGUGUAUUUUAAAAAUUUGCUUCAAAAGUUUUUUUUUCUUUUAUCUUCAGCUUUAUAAAUUCAAAGUUUGUGUAAUAGGCAACUUUUGAUGUUUUUGGCCAAUCAAGAAAUCAAAGUAUUGACAAACUACUGGUCGUUUUACACUCCUUGAAAAAAAAAUCUUGAAAAACAAUAACAUGCAUGCACACAAACUUGUAAUUUUUAAACAUUAAUCACAUCUAAAGAAUACAUAUAAUUUUUAAAAAUGCAAUGUAAUUUUAAAGACCAUUUUCUACCAGAAAACAAGGUAACAAGCUGCGAAGACUUAUGACCUUUGCUUGGCCAUGUCUUGUCUCUAAGAACUGUGUGGACCCAGCAACCAAAUACCAUGGUCACCUCCUGUUGGCUCACAUCAUUGCUAAGUUUGCUAUUCACAAAAGAAUUGUUUUACAGGCAAGUUUUCAUCUCAUUAUAUUGCAUAAUAUUGCAAUGUGCACCGAUCACGAGUUGUAAAGGAUAGAAUCUCUCAAAUUUUUAUUGCAAUUUAAACGUUUUAUUUUAAAAUUCAUUAGUUUGUUUUCACAGUUUGUUGUUUUCUUUCAGGUGUUCCACAGUCUUCUCAAGGCUCAUGCCAAUGAAGCCAAAAUGGUUGUCCGACAAUCUCUUGAGUAUCUGACGCCUGCUAUGCCAGGACGCAUGGAGGAUGGCAAUGUAAUUGCAGCAUUCAUUGGUUUUCGUUUGGCUUAGUUUUUUUUCCCUGUAUGCAGUACUAACCACUAUAAGAACUAAUGACUUUAAGAUGUUUGACACAUUCACAAGUAUAGACUUCACUUCAUCUUCCCAGUACAGACAGAAGUUUUUAAAAAAUAUAUAUUUUUCUUUAGGGAAUGCUUACUCAUUGGACCAAGAAAAUUAUUGUUGAGGAAGGACACAGUGUCAAUCAGUUGGUGCACAUUUUGUAAGUACUGUACAUUUAACUUAUUUAGUUAUGGAUUAAUUCCUUAAUUUAUAACUACAGGAUUUAUUUAACGUCCAUUUUAAAAUGUUUUCAGGCAGCUAGUGGUACGCCAUUAUAAAGUAUACUACCCUGUCCGACACAGUCUCCUUCAACACAUGGUCAGCUCACUACAGCGUCUUGGAUUCUCACUCAGUGUAAGCUAUUAUUUAAGUAUUAUUUUCCCAGGCCUCUUUUAUGUUUUUAGUAAAGAUUCCUAAAAAUGUUUUUGUUUCUCUUAGCCCACCCUUUUGUGACUUUAAAAUAAUAACAGUGGUCUUAUAUAGCGCGGUACCCAGCUUAGGGCUGGGCUCACUGCUCUGCACAUAAAAAAUAUUAGCAAACAUAAUUAUGACAUUAAAAAUUACAUACAUUUAUUUAAUUUAAAAAAACAGCUGUAUAAAAACAAAAACAAAGUAUAUAUUCACCCCACCCACCCGAGAUAUAUUUACAUGUCAAGCCAUGGACAACACCCAACAGCAUCGUUAAUCUGUCAGAGUGGGGUGGAAAUCAGUCGGGAUAGUAGAGUUUGAAGAGAUGAGUCUUGAGGGCAGUUUUGAAGGCCUGGAUUGCUAUAUUUUUAUUGAUUAUACCUUUGCUGUUGUUAACAGGCAAGCUUAGAACACAGAAAACUUGCAGUUGAUCUGGCUGAUAUCAUAAUCAAGUGGGAACUCAUGAGGAUUAAAGAAGAUCUUGAGGGCAGUGGAGAACCUCAAGUAGGUUAAAACUUUGAUUGUUCUUUACAGAAUCAUUUAUUUACAAUGUCUCUACUCCUAACACACAUUUGAAGAACACCUUGAGCUGGUAUUUAUUUUUAAAAUGUUUUCAUACUUUCAGUCUCCAAAUCCAGAUGGAGCUUCCACUGCAUCCAGUGGAUCAUCCACCAGCACAGCGGGUGCAGGACAGCCCCCAGGAAUCAAGAGAUCACUUUCAUCUGUUAACUCGCCACAAGAACCUAAGAAGGUCAAGACUGUUGGAGCAGUAAGUUUUCACAUAGAAACAGUGAGAUAUGUUUUUUGAACUAUUAGUUCAUACUUUUUUUUUUAGCUUAUUGCAAUAGAAUAGAAGCAAAUGUCCAAGCGAAUGUUAGAUUGCCUGAUUUUUAAAAAUAAAAAAACAUUUGAUUCAUGUCUAUCUUCAUAGGUUAUUUUCAUUUUCACAAGCUCAGGGUGAAUUUUUGUUGACUUGGAAUAAAUUUUAGAAUUUUUCAAUAAGACAAUCAGCGAAAACUCCUGAAAAAUUAUUAACAAUUAUGCAGUUGUAAUGAAUAAAUAUUAUUUGUUGAUGAAGUAAGGUUUACUUAUUACAUCUGUUUUAUCCAACAGGCUGGAAGAUCAGAUGUGAACAAACCCAUAGACAAGCAAUACUGUGAUGCUGUAGCCAACUUCUUAUUGCGCAUAGCUUGCCAGGUUAGCUAUGAAUUUAUGUCCCACAUCCACACUUGUUUUUAUUAUAAGCUUUACUUCAUAAGUAGAUUUUCUAAUAUCUUUUCAUUCUAAAAUCAGUCAGGUUUAUACUGAACCAUCACAGUAAGAUUUAUUUAAAUAUACUGACUUUGUUAUAUUAGCAAUAUACUAAAUAAUUUUCUACAAAAUUUAGUAUUUUAAUUCUCACAUGCAAAAUAUCGAAUAGAGCAGGACAGUUUACAUAAUUUUUAGAUUUUUUUUAAAACUCUGUAAAGGCAAGUGCUCUAACCAUAUUUCAUGAUCAAUGUUUGAAAAUUCACUUAUUGAGAUCAUUGGUUUCAGCACCACAUGUUACAGUGGCAAAGAGAGCAUUUUUCUUCUUACUAAAUCCCAUUAAUAGCCUCUCCUUGAUCAUUUUGCCAAACAGGUUAACGAAGCUGCCAGUGGGGCAGUAGGCCAUAGCUCAGCCGGUGAGAUGUUAUCCAAGCGUUGUGUGGCUCUACUCAAGCUGACCAUGAGACCUGACGUCUGGCCUAAUGUUGAGCUUAAGCUCAGCUUCUUUGAUAAACUGCUAAGCACAGCCACAAGUGCCCAGCCCAACAUCAGUAACAUUGUUGUAGCAUUGGAGCUCCUGGAAUUUCUCAUUGGCAUCUUGGUUAGCAAUUCAUUUUCAUCAUCUGAAAUAAGCAUUAGUGCUUAAAAUUGUCACCUAGUAACUAUACAUGUAUGAAAUGUAAAAAUAACAUGCACAUACAAAUGAUGAAAUACGCAAGUAAUUUUUUUGUGCUCUGUAGUUUAAGCCAAUCAAUAACUAUAAAAUAGACUCUUGGCAGUUACAUUUUAAAUUGAUAUACACCUAAUUCUCCUUCACAUCCUGGAUCUCAAAUUUGAUAUUAGAUGAAUUUAAAGCUAGUCACAUUAUAUAUGCUAUAAGCAUUUUCUAAAGGGUUGUAGUGUUUGUUUUCUCAUUUGACUGUUUUUAUUUAUUGCCAAAUAGAAGAAAGAGAUGAUCCUGUCCAGUUUCAAGCCCCUCCAGCGUGGGAUCUCUGUUUGCAUGAACUGCAACAACACAAAAGUCAUCCGUGCUGUUCACAAGCUACUGAUGAGUCUCAUGAGUAUUUUCCCCACUGAGUCGGCAAACUGUUCUGUGGCCUCAAAAUAUGAAGAGCUAGAGGCACUGUAUGCCUGUGUCAGUAAACUAAUCUAUGAGGGACUCACCAACUAUGACAAGUCAGUUUUUAUUUUAUUCUUUUUAAUAUAUAUACAGAAUUUAAAUUAAUAAGUUGAUACUAAAAAUCGGUUUUAGAGACAUUUAGUGCAUUUAAAAUACUUUGCUUGAUUUGAGACCUCUGUUUAAAAUAUAAAAAAAUUUUAAAUGUUAAUGUUAAAAUGUUUAUCGAAUAAAGCUUUACAAAUGAGUUGCAUGAAACAUUCCCUCUGGUUUUAUUUCCAGAAACAAUGGUGGCAGUCCAUCACUGUUUAGUACACUGAUGAUUUUAAAGUCAGCAUGUGAGAACAACCAGUGCUACAUUGACCGCCUGAUCACAAUCUUCAUGAAAGUGCUGACCAAGAUGACACAUGAACAUCUCAAGAGUCAGGAGGCCACUCAGGCCAACAGGACUGCUGCAGCAGCCGCAGCAACAGCAGCAGCUGUGGCAGCGGCAGCAGCAGCAGCUCCAACUGUGCCAGAUACAGACAAAGGUAUUUUCUUUUUGACUGCUCCCUUACUCUAUCUGUCUAACUUGCAUGAAAAGGAUCCAAUAUGAAUAAAUUUAGCUAUUGACAUGUUUUUAAAAAUCUCUCUGUCAGUGGUUUUUAAAAUGUCAUCUUUAAAAUUGACUUCGGCAAACUAGUAACGGUGUUUAGUGUUUCCUUACCGUUUUAUGAAGAAAAAAAAAGAUUUCAUUACUUCAUUUUUAUGUGAAUCACACUAUUACAUCAAAACUUUUUAAUAUACAAGUACAGGAUUUAUUUUUUAACUCGGUGUCCAGUCAGACAAUAUUUUUCAGAUGUCUUAUAAUUAUAAAUUUAUUUCCUGACCACUACUAGUCUAUUUAGACAUGUACUUUAAAGAAGUAAUGGUGGUCAGGAAAUCAAUGUAUACUUAUAAGACAUCGGAAAAAUAUUGUCUGACUGGACACCAAGUUAAAAAAUAAAACAUGCAUUUACUAGUCUAUAUAGACAUGUACUUUAAAAAAAGUAAUGAGUGCAUGUUUUAUACAAUUUGUCUACUAAGGUACCUUUAUCAACUAUCACUAUCAUUUUAUUAGUUUGCUCUCUAGGUGGUUCCAGUGAGUUGUUAAUUCUAAGCCUGGACCUGGUGAAGAACAG